GUAGAGCGCUGUCCGUACUCGAGAAGAGAGUUGUUGCCUUGUCCACUGUACGGCGGACCCACCUCCCCCUCACCUCGCGUCCGCAGCCAACGCACCAAGCAGAGAGCUCGAGCCUACCGGAGCCGUUAACGUUAUUAACGUUAAACAUGGCAGAACGACAGCAGAAACAUGAAGGCGGCCGAGUGAAAAUCGGGCAUUAUCUCCUAGGAGACACUCUGGGCGUCGGCACCUUCGGCAAAGUAAAGAUUGGAGAGCACCAGUUGACAGGUCAUAAGGUGGCAGUAAAGAUCCUGAACAGACAGAAGAUAAGGAGUCUGGAUGUGGUGGGCAAGAUCAAACGAGAGAUACAGAACCUCAAACUAUUCAGACACCCUCACAUCAUCAAACUGUACCAGGUGAUCAGUACUCCUACAGAUUUCUUCAUGGUGAUGGAGUAUGUCUCAGGAGGAGAGCUGUUUGACUACAUCUGCAAACACGGACGGGUAGAAGACAAAGAGGCUCGUCGGUUGUUCCAGCAGAUCAUCUCAGGGGUAGACUACUGCCACAGACACAUGGUGGUGCACAGAGACCUCAAACCUGAGAAUGUCCUGCUGGACCAUUCCAAGAACGCCAAGAUAGCUGACUUUGGGUUGUCAAACAUGAUGUCAGAUGGGGAGUUCCUGAGGACCAGCUGUGGAUCUCCCAACUACGCUGCUCCUGAAGUCAUCUCUGGAAGGUUAUAUGCUGGCCCUGAGGUGGAUAUAUGGAGUUGUGGGGUGAUCCUGUAUGCAUUGCUGUGUGGGACUCUGCCCUUUGAUGACGAACAUGUUCCCACACUGUUUAAGAAGAUCAGAGGGGGUGUGUUCUAUAUGCCAGAAUACCUCACUCGCCCUGUUGCCUCCCUGCUGCUGCUCAUGCUGCAGGUCGACCCAUUGAAGAGAGCCACCAUUAAAGACAUUAGGGAACAUGAGUGGUUUAAGCAGGACCUGCCAGGCUACCUGUUUCCUGAGGACCUGUCUUAUGACGCCACGGUUCUGGAUGAGGAGGCCGUCAGGGAGGUGUGUGACAAGUUUGAGAGCACAGAGUCUGAGGUGAUGUGCAGCCUGUACAGCGGAGACCCCCAGGACCAGCUAGCGGUAGCAUACCAUCUGAUUAUAGACAACCGUCGUAUCAUGACCCAGGCCAGUGAGUUCUACCUGGCCUCCAGCCCUCCCCAGGGCUCCUUCAUGGAGGAUGGCAUGCCCCUGCCCCCCGGGGUCAAACCACACCCAGAGAGGAUGCCCCCCCUGCUGGUAGACAGCCCCAAGGCGCGCUGCCCGCUGGAUGCCCUGAACACCACCAGAGCCAAACCCCUGGCAGUGAAGAAAGCCAAGUGGCACCUAGGCAUCAGGAGUCAGAGCAGACCCUAUGACAUCAUGGCUGAGGUCUACAGGGCUAUGAGACAGCUACAGUAUGACUGGAAGGUGGUGAACCCGUACCACCUGCGUGUUCGGAGUAAGAACCCAGUAACAGGCAACCUGGUGAAGAUGAGUCUCCAGAUGUACCAGGUGGACAACAGAUCCUACCUGCUGGACUUCAAGAGCAUCGACGAUGACAUCAUGGAGGCAGUAGGGUUUAAGUCGGGCUCUUCCACCCCCCAGAGGUCAGGCUCCACUGCAGGGCUCCAUAGACCAAGACUCAGUGUGGACUCAGCCUUACCUGCCGUGGAUCUCCCCCAGCUCAGCUCCUCCCUGCCUGGGUCGCUGUGCUCCAGCGCUGCCCUCAUCACCUCCACCCCCACCCCGCGCCAGGGCAGCCACACCAUGGACUUCUUUGAGAUGUGUGCCAGUCUCAUCACCACACUGGCCCGCUAGAGAGGGUUAACCCUGCUGGAUAACCUGAAGUUUUCCCUGGUCAACGUCAAAAAGUCAGGAAGACUCCAGGUCCUACUUGCAUAACCUCUAAAACAGAACCUUGCCCUGAGCCUUGUAGUUAGACAGUUUGAUAUCGGUGUGAUCCUGGCCUAAGUUUAGUAGAACACUGACCGCUGCAGGGAAGACGUGCCUCUAACCCCAUAUCUAGAGUCAGUCGUGUGUUGUUACCUCCAUGUGUUAUAGGUUUGGGCUGGGCAAGUGAUACUGAUUCUAGAUCUGUGGUUAGGCUUCCUGUCUAGAGCCAUCCUGGCCAUGGGAAAGGUUAGGGGUGUUAGGGGUUAGAGAUCAAACUUGCUGGGGCAGGGUCACGUUAGGUCAAAUCUACUGUAGCUCCCAUAGACUGUAUAAAGAUAGGCAGCUCCUCACACAUUUCUCUCAACCUCCAAUCAGCUGCUGAAUAGCCAUCACCAUAGAACUAGCCUUAGCGGAGUUGCAAACAAUUGUAUGUAUCUGGUUUUCAAGGAUACAGCUAAUUCAACCUAGCUUUCUUUUCCGCUGAAAACCGGAUGUGGGAACUCCGCUAAGGCGUUUUCUUUUAUGCCUACUACGUUAGGUUACCAUAGAACAAACACAUUGCACAUUUUAUUUUUGGUUUUAAAUGGUUUUUAUAACGACACAGAUUUUGUUAUCCAUAUAUAUCAUAUAUUUAUAUUACUAUCAUUUUGAGUAGUGGAGUAGAUGUUGAUUGAAAUGACAUACCAAAAAAUGUAGUUUCUACAUACAAAAAGGAUUGUUAUUAUUUAGAUAUCAGAUUCUUCUUUUUUUUUAAAGAGAUUGUUUUAAAGGCUGUGUGUGGUUACUGAAUAUUGAGUAUUGAAUCACUGCUGAUGUUUAAGAAUUCCAUACUGAGUUUGAAGAUAUUUUAGGUGAGGUCGUAGAGAGAGGGGAGGCUAGCUGACUGGUAAUAUUGUUCUGUGGAUUAGUUGGCAUUGAUGCUAACGUGGCUGGCUGACGGAGGAGGAGGAGGAGGGAGGGAAGUGUAUCUGUAGCAAGCCUCAGAGGACUCUAAGCUCCAGAACCUUUCUCCAGGUGCCUUAAAAACACAAAUGUUGCUUCUAGCUUGGUGGCCAUGUUGUUUUGUUUGUAGAAACAGAAUGGAAACCAUACUGUUGUUUCUGUUUGUGUGUACACUGAUGUGUGCUUGCCAUGGAUUGGUCAGAAGACAUACUGUAGUUUAUGUGCCAAUGAGAUUUGAGAUCUGACUAAUAUAACUAUAGGUAGAGCGAGAGAGGGGGAGAGAUGAUAGGCAUUGGAAUAGAUAUGCAAGACCACUGACUGAUUAGAAGUCGUAUAAAAGUAUUGCUUAUAAAGCACUCUGUUCUCUGGUCUUUAUAAUGGAACAAAUCUCCCUUUACUAUUUGUCCGAUGGUUUACAGUAUACAGUUUUCCUCCUGGCUCUGUCUGUCUGUCCUGUUCUGCUGGAGCCAGUAAGGACUGGGCUCUGGCUGAUCUGAUGCAUGCUAGUGUGUGUUUCUGUUGUGUUCUGGUACCAUGAUGGUGAUCUGUUCUGUGUUCGGUUUGUUACUAAAUGUAGAAUCAUUUGUAUCUCUCUUUCCCUCCCGCCCUCCAUCUGGAGUUAUUUGUUUGUCGUUUAUUAGCGUGUGUUUUGAGCCACAGCGAGAGGAGACACUAAACCUCUCUUCUAUCCUUCUGUUACCUUGUUUCCUGUUACCUUGUCAUUUGUCCUAAGUAGCAGUUAGUGCAGUCUGUUUUCUCUCUUUAUGAGACUAUACAUUCAAUAAGGAACCCAGACCUAUAGAGCAGCGUUUCUCAAACUGUCCUGGGGACCCAAAGGAGUGCAGGUUUUGGUUUUUGCCCUAGCGCUAAACAGCUGAAUCAUAUAAUCAAA